GGAGCAUAGGUUUGCCAAACCAAACUGCCCAAGGCGGCUUUUUCAGGAUAAGAAACAGAAAAUAAAAAUUCUUUCUUAUCUUCUUUUUCUCUCUCUCUCUCUUUCUCAGUAGCUGUUAAAUCAACCAAAAAUGGCGGCUUCUUCUAGGCGAUCAACCGGACCGAUUCUCCGAUCACUCUCGCCGGCAGGUAGAUUAUACUCUUCCUCUAAGAAAACGUCGUCGUUUUCCAGCUCCGCUUCUGCUUUUGCCUCUUCGACAUCAGGUUUUGCGGCGAGAUCUUCGACUAUUUUACGCAGGCCGAUGUCUCCGACCCGAGUGAACGUUUAUACCGCGAGGAAUUCGGCUCCGACUUCGUCCGUACGCUUUUCGCUAGACCGGCCGAUUUCUCCGAGCCGAUCUAUUUCUGUGGUAAAUCGGGGCCGCGAGGUGGAGAAGGCUGGGAGUGGAGGCCGGAAGCGGACGUGUAUGUGCUCGCCGACUACGCAUCCUGGCUCGUUCCGGUGCAGCUUGCACAAGAAUAUGAACGUUUCCGGCGCCGGACACGCUCCGGCGGCGUCGGCCUACAAUUCGCACCGGCUGAACAUGAGGCGGUCCGCGAUGACCAACUCGCUAGUCCGGAUCGGGACUGUGGAAGGCGAUCUAGUAAAGCGAGCCUUAGGCGCUCUGAUUCGACCUUCGUCGCACCAUCAGCGCCGCCGCGCCGGCUUCCAGCCAGGGCCUAGCCGGCUUUCCGUCAUGUCAAAAGCAUAGGAUCCUUCGAUAUCUAUAUUCUCGACCUAAGGAGCGGUGGUGGCGUCAGCAACGGCUUUUUGACGUCAUAUUCAAGUCCACAAAACACUCCAGGACUUGGUGGUGGUCGAGACGGAACGGUUUUUUUGUGUACUCCGGUGGCCGAAACCCUAAGAUCCGAUGACUUUUUGUACAUAUGAAAUUCAAUUAUAGAAGAUAAUUAUAAAUUAUAAUUUUGAAACAAAA